AGCUAGGAGCAACACAGCAAACGAUAACUGCUAGCAUCGGCAAUUAAUAUUUUUUUUAAGUUUAUUUUUAUUGUGUUGAGUAAAUUGUGUUUGUUUUCGCAUUACGUUUCGGUUCGAAUUGUUGUAUUCUUGUGUUAAGCAAUUGAUGAAGAAUGUGCUGACUGAGAGAAAGAGCCCGUGUGAUAAUGGGUUGUGGUGUGUGAAAGUCGAUUGAAAGCGCAUAACACGAAAUCUACAUAAAUCGCAUCGUUGUCGCCAUGUCUGUGUGUCUGUGUGCGUCUCAGUCUGUGUUAGUGUUAGUGUGUGUGUGAGCUGCCAGAAGACUUUUGUCGCCGUUGUCGGGCCAAAAGGGCGGGUAAAAGCAAAGUCAACAAACUGCCAGCAAAGAACGCAAGCAAGGAAGGAGACGAAGGAGGUAGAGGAGAGGUGGGAAACUCGCUGUUGGUGUCGCUGCCGCUGCAAUUGACAACGCCAUAACGGAACACGCAAAAAUGUUCAGCAAGAAGAAGAAGAAACCGCUGAUCUCGAUGCCGAGCAACUUUGAGCAUCGCGUGCACACGGGAUUCGAUAAGAGGGAGAACAAAUACGUUGGCCUCCCGCUCCAAUGGGCUUCGAUUGUGGGCAACAAUCAGAUACUCAAGUCCAGCAAUCGCCCCCUGCCGCUCGUCGAUCCCUCAGAGAUUACGCCCACCGAGAUCCUUGAUCUGAAGACGAUUGUGCGUCCGCAUCACAACAACAACAAGGCGGACACCACAUCACUGAACAGCAGCAGCAGCACCAUGAUGAUGAUGGGAGGUGGCGGCAACAUGGGUACCGGCCCACCAGGAGCAGCUGCAUCCAUGUCCAUGGCACCGGGUGGCAUGUCAUCAGCGCCGGGCAUUGUGCUGCCCAAGACAUCGCAUGUGGCACGCUCCAAUUCGCUGCGCAGCUCGAGUCCGCCGCGCGUGCGUCGUGUGGCAAAUGUGCCGCCCGCAGUGCCCGAGGAGGAGGCGGGGCCAGGGCCGGGUCCAUCUGGUGGGCCCUUCAAGCCGCCGCCGUCACAGGCAGGAUCAGGAGCCGGGGUGGCACACAAUAUGCUCUAUCCGAAUCCCAGUCAACAUGCGCAUCCGCCACAUCUGCAUCCGCAUGCGCAUCCGCAUCCCCAUGCCAACGGUGGCGCCAUCGGUCCCCUGGCCGUGCGCACUGAUCCCUAUCGUGGCAAUCUGGGCAAUCCGGCUGGCAAUGCUGGCAACCCGGGCAUGCAGCAGACGUCGCCUGUCAGCUCCGUGGCGAGUGCCACACGCUCCACGCACUCGCAUUCCAACCAACAGCAACAACAACUUAACAACAAUGGCCAGAAUCCAUAUCCACUUUACCCCGCCACACAGCAACAACAACAACAGCAGCAGCAGCAACCAAAGCUUGUGGGCCAAGAUCAGAAUCAGAAUCCACAUGGUGGUGUCGGUGUCAACAAGACUGCGUCCCGUGCCUCCAGCUCCAGUGGCAAUGCGGCUGCCUUGGCUGCCGCCGCACAGGCGGCACAGCAAACACAACCCAAGCAGGAGCAGCGUUUGACACACGAGCAAUUCCGUGCCGCCUUGCAGAUGGUUGUUUCUGCUGGUGAUCCGCGCGAGAAUCUCGAGCACUUCAACAAGAUUGGCGAAGGCUCGACGGGCACCGUUUGCAUAGCCACCGACAAGUCUACAGGUCGCCAAGUGGCUGUCAAGAAGAUGGAUCUGCGCAAGCAGCAGCGACGCGAGCUGCUCUUCAACGAGGUGGUCAUCAUGCGUGACUAUCAUCAUCCCAACAUUGUGGAGACAUACUCCAGUUUUCUGGUCAACGACGAGCUCUGGGUGGUCAUGGAGUAUCUCGAGGGCGGCGCUCUCACCGACAUUGUGACGCACUCGCGCAUGGAUGAGGAGCAAAUCGCCACCGUUUGCAAGCAGUGCCUCAAGGCGUUGGCCUACUUGCAUUCACAGGGCGUCAUCCAUCGGGACAUCAAGUCGGACUCCAUUCUGCUGGCCGCCGAUGGCCGCGUGAAGCUGUCGGACUUUGGCUUCUGUGCUCAGGUGUCGCAGGAGCUGCCGAAGCGCAAAUCGCUUGUGGGCACACCGUACUGGAUGUCACCGGAGGUGAUCUCCCGCCUGCCCUAUGGUCCCGAGGUAGACAUCUGGUCGCUGGGCAUCAUGGUGAUCGAGAUGGUCGACGGGGAGCCGCCGUUCUUCAAUGAGCCGCCGUUGCAGGCGAUGCGUCGUAUACGCGAUAUGCAGCCACCCAACCUGAAGAAUGCUCACAAGGUGUCGCCGCGUCUCCAAUCAUUCCUCGAUCGCAUGCUCGUCCGUGAUCCAGCGCAGCGUGCCACAGCCGCCGAGCUGCUGGCGCAUCCGUUCUUGCGGCAAGCGGGGCCGCCAUCGUUGCUGGUGCCGCUGAUGCGUAACUCGCGACACCACACCUAGAGAGGAGGCAGAGGAAGAGGAACCAAGAACGAACUAUCCGUUUUUUAUCAUCUUUUUUUUUUUUGUUUGUUUAGUUUGCAUUCAAGUUAAUAAUGUAGUAUUAUUAGUUAUUGAUUGGCCUUGCUUUGUGCACCCCAAAAUUAGUUUGUGCGGCAACUGCUACUUAAAGUCAUCCAUCUCCCUCAACUCGUCUCGACCACAUUCCACCACAUCCGGCUGCUGCUCCAGCUUCCGCUUCCACUUCAUCUUCAACUUUUAGAAAACUCUCAAACUGAAUUGUUAAUUGUUAAUUGUAAACAGCGAAGGAAUUGCCUGCGCAAACUGUGCCUUUUAACACAAUAUGUAACUCAUGGAGGACACGCCUUCCGCCUCCCGCCCCUGCCAGCUGAGCAGCCAUUGCAACCAUUCGACAACUCGACUAGAUCCUGUAAACGGAAUACAUUUAAAUCUAAAUAUGUUAUAUAUAAGAUAAGCAACUGUUCUCUGCUCUCCCUUUGCUCCUUAUAUGUUAUAUAUAACCUUUAACUGAACUAUCUGCUACAGCUCUCUUUCCUUUACCUUUCCCACUCGGUUUUUUUUAUCCAUAUUGAGCUCUGUAAACGGAAUACAUUUAUGCAUAAAUAUGUUUUAUAUUCAUGUACUAUAUAUAUCCGAUAACUGAACAAUAUGAUACUUAUCUCUGCUUUCCAUCUCCGACUCCAUGUUGAGCGCCUCUUAAGUUUGUUCGAAUAAGCGAAAUGAAUGUACGAAUAUAAAUAUAAACACAUGAUGUAAUCUAUAAGAAGACGAAUUAAGAACAACGAAUAUGCAUUCCCCCCCUCCCCCUCCCGCUUCAUAUCCGAUAUGUAUUAGCCAAGUCUGUACUUAUUUGUCGAACCAUUUCCCCUUAUGUAUAGCAACUAUUUAUAUUUUAUAUAUAAGACAACAACAAUAACAACAGCCGUAACAUUAACAGUUACACUAACGAUAACGAUAACGCUAGCGAUAACGAUAACGUGCGCUCGAUACGCAUUACAUUCCCAAUAAACGCCCCGUAACCCCCUCGAUAAGUACAUUAUAUAUAUAUAUAAAUUGUAUUUUUUUUAGACAUUCUAGUUUACAGUGUUCUGUAAUUAUAAAUAAAACCAACAAACAACAAAAUAAACAAACUUAUAAUAAU